GCAUUACUGACAAAUUAGUAAUAUUUGAAAACUUCUAAAAGAGGUUACUCGAUCUGACAUUUAAAAAAAUAAAAUUUCGAAUAUUAUUGCGAGCAUAGGAAAUAAAAAUGCCGAUUUCGGCUCUAGAUGUAAGAACAGCAAAGCUAAUUACUACGACGCAGAUAAUAACUUCUGUGUAUGCUGUGGUUAAGGAAUUAAUAGAGAAUGCACUUGAUGCUGGUGCAGAUAACGUCGAAAUAAACCUUAUAGAUAAUGGUACAUCUUUAAUAGAAAUAAAGGACAAUGGUUACGGUAUAUCCAAAGAAGAUGCACCUUAUAUGGGAAUAGCUUCUUAUACAUCUAAAAUAUCAAAUUUUGAAGAUCUAGAUACAUUACAAACAUUUGGAUUCAGAGGAGAAGCACUUAGUGCUUUGUGUGCAGUGUCAGAAGUAGUUAUUAUAACAAAAACAGAAGAAGAUGCUGUUGGAACUUUAUACACAAUGAAUCAGGAUGGACAAGUUGUGAAAUAUGAAUCUUGUCACAGGAGUACUGGGACCACUGUACAAGCAAGAAAUUUAUUUAAGCAAGUACCUGUAAGAAGACAAAUAAUCACCAAUACAAAAACAGCUAAUCAAACUAUUAAAUUAUUAGAGACUCUAAUACAAUGUUUUGGGAUAUGUAAGCCAAAUAUACGAAUUCAGUUCAGAGUAAAUAACAACCUUGUAUUUACAAAACCAAGUCUAAAUAAUAUUAAAGAAGCUGCGAAUCAUGUACUUGGUAGAAAAAUCAUGUCUAAUAUGGAAUGGGUUGAACCCAUGGAUACUGCAUUUACUUUGCAACUAAUGUUGCCAUCAAAGAAGGUACAGGAUUUGUCAGAAAUUUCUCAUCCUGAUUUACAUUACAUUUUUGUAAAUAAUAGACCAAUUAAACAUAAGGAUCUUGAAAAGCUAGUAAAUGGAUUAAUAUUAGAAUAUUUUGAGCAAGAGUCACGUAGAAGAAAAAUUGUAUUUCUUGUAUACAUUAUUUUGGAGCCAAUGGAUAUUGAUGUUAAUUUAGAACCAAAUAAAACUAUAAUUCUCUUUAAAGAUCAGAAUAAAGUCUUUGAUACAAUUGAAAAAUGCAUAAGAAAAUUUUAUGGACUUAAAUCUAUGGAAAUUACUGAACAAGCCAUAUCACACGACACGUCUGCUUGUUAUGAAGAUUAUACUCUCAAUUUGAAUGAGAAUAUUACUGACACUAACAAUGAAUGUCCUGCAUCUAAAAAACGAAAAAUACAUGCUCAAGAGAAAGUGAUUCAAGAUGUCCAAGAGGAGCCAGUGCUUAUUAAUCGCUAUGAUGCUGUCACAAAUAGAUGUGAAUAUUUUCCUCAAGACGAACAACAGAAUUUAAUUCAAGAUCAGCAACAUCAGCACAAUGAUGAAUCGAUUCUAACAGUUCAUAUAGAAUCACCGAAUUUAAGUGAAUCCGAUUCAAAUGAUAGUAUUUCUGCAAUUUCGUCGAAUAUUAAGAUGGAAGAGGAAGGUGAAACUUUGAGUCAGUUACCUGUAGUAGACCUUGGUGAAGAUUUUGACUUCACAGAAGUGACACGAAACUGUGACACUUCAAUGAAUGAAAACGAGAAUAAACUAAAUGAGAAUCGAGAAAAGAAACAAGUUUCACUAGAGGCAUGGAGUAAAGGACACGUCACUGGUCUGAAGGGCGGUACAGAUAUAACAUCUGAUGUUGCUAUUGAGAGGCAAUUAAGUGGUGAUUUAAACAGUAAAACUAAUACGAGACUGACACUAGGUAAAGCACAUGUAGAUCGCAAAGAGCUUAAAUUUCUAAAACACGUUAGAUUGCAAGUUUCGAGAGAAAAUCCUACACUAACAGCAGCGCAAACUGCAAAAAAGAUUACCGAAUUCUGGAAGCAAUUAUCGUCUGAAGAACGUGGUUAUUAUCGAGAUGUAGCGCAGGAAGAAGAAGAAAAACAUCAAGUGUGUAAGAAAGCUGAGGAAAGAGGCGAGGCAAAUAAAGCAGGCACGGAGAAUAAUAAGAGCAGACUCUUACAACUAUUUGAAAAAAUGAAGAACACUAAAAAUGAGAAUAAAGAGAAAUUAAAUAUGAGAACGAUAGUACCUUGGAUUAUUGACAGAACUAAAAUAAUUACAAGAAUUGAUUUUGAAAAUGGGCAUAUAAUAGGUCGAUUAACGUCUAACUUGUGGGUGGCUACAAUUUGUGAACAAAUAUGGGUCGUAGAUAUUACUGGUUUGAUCAAAGGCUUAAAAGUUCCCAAUAUUGAUCCAGAUGAGGGUUUCGUCAAGGUAGUUAAAAAUAAGCAGUACUUUAAGCGAUAUCAAGUUAAAUUCAAGAGGCGUCGUGAAGGAAAAACUGAUUACUAUGCUCGCAAGAGAUUAACUAUUCAGGACAAGAACAAGUAUAAUACACCUAAAUAUAGGUUGAUUGUACGUCUGUCCAAUAAGGACAUUACGUGCCAGGUUGCCUAUUCGAGAAUUGAAGGGGACAGAAUCGUAUGUGCUGCUUACAGCCAUGAGCUUCCCAAAUAUGGUGUUAAAGUUGGCCUUACCAACUACGCAUCUGCUUACUGCACCGGCUUGCUUUUGGCCAGAAGACUUCUUAAGAAAUUGGGAUUGGAUACUUUAUACACUGGUACCACUGAAGUGACCGGUGAUGAGUAUAACGUUGAGGAAUUAGAUGACGGUCCAGGUGCCUUCAGAUGUUAUCUAGACACAGGAUUAAUGCGUACCACAACAGGCGCUCGUGUUUUUGGUGCCAUGAAAGGUGCAGUUGAUGGCGGUCUUAAUAUUCCUCACAGCACCAAGAGAUUCCCUGGUUAUGACAGCGAAACGAAGGCAUUCAAUGCAGAUGUGCACAGACAACACAUAUUUGGCCAACAUGUCGCAAACUACAUGAGAACCUUGGAAGAGGAAGAUGAUGAGGCUUUCAAGAGACAGUUCUCGCAAUACAUUAAGCACGGCAUCUCUGCGAAUGAUAUCGAGAACAUCUACAAGAAAGCUCACGAGGCGAUCCGGACUGAUCCAGAACGUAAGAAGGUCACGAAGGAGAUUCAACCUAUCAAGAAAAGAUGGAACCGUGCGAAAUUGUCGUUGUCGGAGAGGAAGAACCGUGUGGCUCAGAAGAAAGCCUCGUUCCUUCUAACUUUGGAGGAAGCAGAAGUGUAACUUUAUUCUGGGGUUUUUCUUCAAUGUAUACACAAUUCAGUGUAUAUAAUCAAGAAUAAAGAAUCUUGAUAAAUUAAA